CAUUAGACAAUUUGACAUUUUCUAUUUAAUAGCCGCCCGUUUUAAAUUCGCCUAGCACUUGGCGUCAUGCCCACUCGGAAUCACAUCAUCAUGGAUUACGUACAGCUCUUUGUGCUUGCGAUAUGCGCCAUCCUUUCUGUGUCAGGAUGGGACAGCGUUAUGGACGAGAGGUUUGCCGUGUAUUUCCAUACCCUUAACGAGAACGGAGAUGACGUCGUAUCUCUGGAUGACGUCACUACCUGUGUCGGCAGAGCGGCGGAGGAGCAGCAGAACAUCGUGGUUAAAGUGAAAUGCGAGGAGUUCCUGCCCCGGUGGUACAUCCACUGCAUCAUGGGAGGACACGACGGACUCUCGGAGCCAGACUUUGUCAACAGGUUUAGGGACAUUGAAUCUGAGAAAGGCAAGGAGGCGUUUUCGCAGGUGAUGUUCAGGUGUGCGCAGGUCGGUUAUAGAAUUAUCGACCUGAACAGCGACGGCGUUGUAUCGAGUGACGAGGACCGCUGCAUGAGUGUGCCAACCCCAACCGAAACCGCCGCCAGAGACUUGACUACGUACUUGAUGAACGACACACCCGACAACUACGUCGCUAAUGACGCCAGCUGUCCGUGGCGCGGUGCAUCAAGCAGCCAAUCAGAGUAGAGCUAGAGCUUCAACUGGCUAAUGAAUAUGUAAAUUGGUUUAGCCAUACUAACGUUUAAAAUUCCAUGUACAGUGGAAAAUAAUUGUUUUGAAAUAAAAGUGGUUUCGCUUGAAAUAUCAA